GGGGACACUUGGAAUCAAUGGUCGAUGGAAAAUACAUGUAAAGAGUAGCAAAGGAUUGAUGUAGGUAGAGGAUUCAUAUCAGAAUAGGCGCAAAAAUGGAUUUAAACGUUAAGAAAUUAGUGAAAGACGCUGGUGCUGCGCUUAGUAGAGUCGUACAGUUGACAGAAGAAACAUUGGGAACAUCAGAGAAAACUGAAUUAGAUGCUCAUUUAGAGCACCUUGCAGAUAGAGCAAAUGCAACUAAAACAUGGACUGAAAAGAUUCUUAGGAAUAUGGAGGCAGUACUUACUCCAAAUCCAGGCAAUAGAAUUGAAGACUUUUUUUAUGAGAAGAUUGAUAAAAAGAAACCUAACAGAUUGAGCAAUCUAGAAUAUGUAGGCAUGGAUAUGAUAGAGGCAGGAAAUGAUUUUGGUCCAGGAAUUGCUUAUGGCAGUGCAUUAAACAAGGUUGGACAAUGCCAGCAAAAGUUAGGACAAAUUCAGAGAAAUUUCAUUAAAGAUUCUGCUAAUUGUUACAUACAACCUUUAAGAAAAUUUUUGGAAGGUGAAAUGAAAACUGUUACCAAAGAAAUGUCAAUAUUGGAAAAUAAACGAUUGGACCUAGAUUCGUGUAAAAAUCGAGUAAGGAAAGCAAGAAGUAUGCUGGGUCAGCAGAGUGAGACUGGGGUAUCACCUGAAGUAUUACUUGAUCAGGCAGAGAGGGAGUUGAGAAUAGCGCAAUCGGAGUUCGAUCGUCAAGCAGAGAUAGUGAAAUUAUUGCUGGAAGGUGUUCAAAGCUCUCAGGCUGGGCACUUACGUUGUUUGCAUGAAUUUGUCGAGGCACAAGCGCGUUAUUACGCUCAAUGUCAUGCAACAAUGCAAGAUCUGCAACGUGAACUUGCUGGCUUAUCUGGGGGUCCUUAUCAUCCGACUACCCAAUCAACAUCCAAUGUAUCAGGAAAUGACGAUGAGCAACUAGCAAGGGUAUUAUGCGAUUUUUCUGCGACAAAUUCUGAAGAAUUAAGCGUUGUGCAAAAUGAGGUAAUUACGGUUAUCGAGAUACCUGGCAAUGAGGAGUACGUAAUUGGUAUAAGUGGAAUAAGACGAGGAAAAAUACCCGCAGCAUAUCUAGAAUUAAUUGAUGUUGGUCAACGAAAAUUCAGUCAAUAACUUUAAUGCACAUUCCUUACAUUUAAAUGCUUCAUUCUACUUUCAAUUUUAACUGCAUUUGCAUUAUGCACUAUAAAAUAUUUCUUCCACUUCGUGCAAUUAAUGUAAAAAACAAUUACCAAAAUGUGAUCAAUUGAGAAACUACAUUUUUCGGAUUAUAUAUUUCCUGCUCCUAAAAUCUACAUAAAUAAUGCAUAUCAAACGAGAGCAGUCAAUUUUUAAAA